AUUUCUUCCCCCACCGCGUCCCUCAACCUGCGCCAUUUCAUAUAUUUCCAUGAUCGAGUUGUCCAGACAUUCUUAAUAGACAAACAACAAGCCACGCCCUAUUUCUCCAAGCCUGUUUAGUUCUUACAGAAACUCUUCAAAUUACGUACAUACAUCGAAGCCUCCUGCGCUCGUUAAACAUACCGAAACCAUGGCGGACAAACAGUGGAAACUCCUCUGCUUGGAGAAUCCCCUGCUCGACAUCCAGGGUGGAGGUGACGAGGAAAUGUUGAAGCAAUAUUGCCUGAAACUCGACGACACCCUCCUCGCCGAACCCCACCAGAUGGGCUUGUACGAUGACCUGAUCAAGAACCGCAACGCCAAAUUGAUUCCGGGAGGUGCUGCACAAAAUACCGCACGAGGCGCACAGUACAUGUUGCCGCCGGACUCGGUGUGGUACAUUGGCUGCGUGGGAGACGACGAAUAUGCAAAGAUCCUGCGAGAGAAGUGCGCCGAGCAAGGCUUACAUGUCGAGUACCGCGUCGACCCCAAAGUGCCGACCGGCAAAUGCGGUGUGGUCAUUACCGGCCACCACCGCACCAUGUGCACGCAUCUCGCGGCGGCCAACGAGUACAAGGUCGACCACCUGCUCGACCCCCGUAUUUGGUCUAUGGUCGAGAAGACCGACGUCUUCUACGUCGGCGGCUACCACUUGACCGUCUGCCCGCCGGCGGCCAUGGCUCUGGCCAAACACGCAGCCGAGAACAACAAGAUCUUCAUGCUUUCCCUUUCCGCCGGCUUUAUCCCGCAGUUCUUCAAGGAGCCCUUGGCCGAGAUUCUGCCCUACUGCGACUACGUGUUUGGAAACGAGAACGAAGCAAAGACUUGGGCCGAAACUCAGGGCCAUAGUGGAAUUUCUAUGCAGGAAUGCGCCAAGUUGAUGGCAAAGCUGCCCAAGGUUAACACCAAGAGACCGAGAGUUGUCAUUGUUACCCAAGGUACCGACCCUACCAUUGUCGCCGUGGCCGAGCAAGGCAAGGACGUCGAGGUCAAGGAGUACCCUGUGCCCGUGAUCGAUGAGAAACUCAUCAACGACACAAACGGUGCUGGUGAUGCCUUCGCUGGCGGUUUCUGUGCCGGCAUCGUCCAAGGCGAACCGCUCGAGAAGUGCAUCAAGAAGGGCCAAUGGUUGGCAAGGCUGAGUUUGCAAGAAUUGGGUCCUUCAUACCCCUCGCCCAAGCAGACAUACACGGAGUAAAGAUGAAGCAAUAUCCGAGUAUUCCCAUCCUUCGGUACAGCAAGGUUUGGACUCGAAAGAUGAUCUUUGAUCCUGUACCAUUAUGGCGGUCCAUGCGGUCUCAUUCAACAAAGACCGUGUUUUGGGGGGUUGUUAGCACGUCUUCCACGACUUGAUGAUGAAAAGUGAUACCAGUUAGACUGCGGAGAGACUCCGAGACUAAAGUCAGACUUUGCAUAGAGUAGGCCAGUAAACAUAGACCACUCGGAAUGCAGAAUUCCAGACUUCAAUUUCC